CUUCCCCUCAGUAAACGUCAAAAUCGGUGCUGUCAAAACACAACGGCCUAUUAAAGUCUUACUACAAUGUGUCUUCAUUGUAAGUCCUGAAACUGCCCAAGCCAACAGCUUACCCCUGUCACCGUCACCACCCACUGACCAGAUACCAAUAAACACUGCUGCAAAAUGUUUCCCGGGAUCCCAAUUGCUCUCACCCUGGCGGGGUGCUGCUCCAACAUGGUCUUGAUGGAGCUCCUGGUCAGCAACGACCCUGGCUGUGGGAACUUGGUUACAUUCACACAGUUCUUGUUCAUCGCCUGCGAGGGAUUUGUCAACACUCUCAAGUUUGGAACAGUGAAGAACAAGAUUCCAUUAAGUGUCUAUAUCAAGAUGGUGACGAUGUUUUUCAUGAUCCAGGUGGUCAACAACUACGCAUUUAGCUAUGAUAUUCCAGUCACCCUCCACAUCAUCUUCAGAGCUGGUUCUCUGAUGGCUAGUCUCACUCUAGGAGUCAUUAUUGCUCAUAAGCGAUAUCCAAUCAGUAAAUAUGUGUCAGUUUUAAUGAUAACCCUUGGUAUAUGUGUGUGUACGUAUGCAUCAGCCACAGGUGAACACCCAACAGACCGUCCAUUCAGCAUUUUUAACUACACUCUCGGUGUAUCUAUGAUGGUGUUUUCCCUGUUCAUGACGGCCAGAAUGGGGCUGUUUCAGGAGAGCGUGUACUCCAAGCAUGGCAAACAUCCCAAUGAAUCCCUCUUCUUCAAUCACGCCCUUCCCUUGCCAGGGUUUUUGCUGGUAGCUCCAAACAUCUACAGCGCAGCUAUAGGCUUCAACCAGUCAGAGACAUGGUCCGUGUUGGGUGUGAUGGUGCCCAAGAUGUGGAUCUACCUUCUGGGAAAUAACCUCUCACAAUACGUAUGUAUAAGAUCUGUGUUUGUGUUGACGUCAGAGUGCACAGCGUUGACAGUGACACUCGUCGUGACAUUGCGGAAGUUUCUGAGCUUGCUUAUCUCCAUCUGGUACUUCAGCAAUCCAUUCACACUCGCCCACUGGGCCGGCACCUUUCUCGUGUUUGCCGGCACGCUCAUCUUCACCGAAACCAUACAGAGAGUAUACCAGCUUGGCACGAAGCACAUGAACUCCGCUGUACAGAAUGGUGCGUCCAAGAAACAGCAGUGAUGAAAUCUCUUGUCACCUUGAGUGUUUACAAGAUGUAGUAGAAUAUAUCAGUUCAUGACUGUAGUUGAUAGGUUUGUUUUGUUAGAGAUGUUUUUUCUUAUUUGUUAAAAUCUUACCUUCAUAUUCUUUAAACAUACAAAAUGUGCUCAUAUAUAAACAUGUAGUUUGUAUGACACCAUGCACAUCCAUGAUCAGCAAACAUCUUAAAAGGGUUUUUCUCCCACCUCAGAUAAGUCGAUCCAUUAAUUUAACCAUGCUAGAAAUUCUUAUCUUGCCCACGGGCAAAGAUAAAAUGCCUGUAUGGAACUUCUUUUAAUGGUCACCACAUUGUAAUUACCUCCCUUGUUGAAGACUGUGGUCUGUAGCGCAUCAUGGAAACCUUGUCUUGUGGCAAUAUUUAGAAAGCUAGUUAAUUAUUUCUCGCUUCAAAUGUCACCAGAAAACAGUUUUCACGCACCUUUCAAGAAAUAAUGCUUCACUCUUCUUAGAACUAUUUAAAGACCGAUCAGACCAUUUACAUACUCUGAAUCACUGCGCAAAUAUCCAUGACAACCACGAGUUAACCCAUAUCCUUACGCAAUUAUUUUUACUAAGCACAAAGGAGUUCCAGCAAAAAAAUACAUUUUUACUUAAUUUUGUUUAACUGAGGUGGGAGAAAAAGCAUCUACCAUAGCCGCUCGUGUAAGAUAGGUUCAUCCCGACCCUAUCCCGACCUCGGUAAACCUCGUUUCCGCAAAACACCCUACGCUCGGGUCGGAAAGAACCUUACCCUCUCGGCCAUGGAAGAUACUUAUAAUCUACUCAUAUUACUACAUGUUGGAGAAUGUAGUGAAAAAAACAAUUCAGAUCAUUUAAGAAAUAAAUUAAGUUAAAUAUACCUUGUGGAUGUUAUUAAUAUUAAGUCAAAGGUAUAUAUGAUAUGGUAUUUUGACAUUAAUGCUGCCCUGAAAAGGGUCCAAUGAUUUUCGUUUAUCUACUUUAUGUUUGGGAUGAUUAAUUCAAGCAUAGAAAAGUUGAAGAAUUAAACUGUUAAAUAGG